UGAGAGCUCGCGAACAGAAUCGUCGGAAUAGAACACGGUGCUGAGACAGAGAGUUGUUUGGCAAACAGAUUAAACCCAUCGGGACAUGCAUGAUCUGGAGAAUAGCUGUUUAUUGAAGAUUUGCUGAAGGAGAGAGAAUUCCCCUCCUAGUAGCAAGCCAUUGUGUGAUGAUGGAAAAUGCAAUGUAUGAGGACGAACCUUUGUAACUAACUUAGCUGGCUGACCAGGCAGUUGGCACCACAUAUCAAGGAUUCUGGAUGAUUAUUCGACUAGAGUCCAUUGGGGAUCAUUAUUAUCUUUUGGAGAGGUCCUGUAACUUAUCGCCGAGACAGUCGCAUUGUCUGUCCGUCUGACAGUGGACACAAUGGGGGAGACCAGUCUCAACGACUCGAAUGUGAAGGUCGCAGUACGUGUUCGUCCUAUGAACAGGAGAGAAAAGGACCUGAACACAAAAUGUAUUGUGGAUAUGGAAGGCAACCAGACCAUCCUGCAUCCAGGCGGAAACCUGGGCAAAGGAGACUCCAGGAGUCAGACCAAGACCUUCGCCUAUGACUACUGUUUCUGGUCCAUGGACGAGUCCGAAAAGGACAAGUUUGCGGGUCAGGACGUGGUGUUCCAGUGCCUUGGGGAAAGUCUUUUACACAACGCCUUCCAGGGCUACAACGCCUGCAUCUUCGCCUACGGACAGACAGGUUCGGGAAAGUCGUACACCAUGAUGGGUUCUGUGGACUCUCCAGGUCUGAUCCCGCGGCUCUGCAGCUCUCUGUUUGACCGGACCCUGCUGGAGCAGAGGGAGGGGGAAGGCUUCACCAUAGAGGUCUCCUACAUGGAGAUAUACAAUGAGAAGGUCCGCGACCUCCUCGACCCCAAAGGGAGCAGGCAGGCUCUUAGAGUGAGGGAGCACAAGGUGUUGGGGCCGUACGUGGACGGCUUGUCACGCCUGGCUGUGGCCAACUAUAAGGACAUUGAGUCUCUGAUGUCGGAGGGGAAUAAGUCUCGUACGGUGGCUGCCACCAACAUGAACGAGGAGAGUAGCAGAUCUCACGCUGUCUUCAACAUCAUCCUCACACACACACUCAAAGACCUGCAGUCUGGGACGAGCGGUGAGAAGGUGAGUAAGCUGAGUCUGGUAGACCUGGCUGGCAGUGAGAGAGCAGCUAAGACUGGAGCUACUGGAGAGAGGAUGAAGGAGGGCAGCAACAUCAACAAGUCUCUGACUACUCUAGGCCUGGUCAUAUCUGCUCUGGCAGAACAGGGAUGUGGGAAAAACAAGACCAAAUUUGUCCCUUACAGAGACUCUGUGCUAACAUGGCUGUUAAAGGACAGCCUGGGUGGCAACAGCCGCACGGCCAUGGUGGCCACGGUGAGCCCGGCAGCAGACAACUACGACGAGACGCUGUCCACGCUGCGCUACGCCGACCGGGCCAAGAGCAUCGUCAACCACGCUGUCGUCAACGAGGACCCCAACGCACGUAUCAUCAGGGAGCUCCGAGAGGAGGUGGAGAAACUACGGGACCAGCUGACACAGGCUGAGUCUAUGAAGGCCCCAGAGCUGAAGGAGAGGCUGGAGGAGUCUGAAAAACUCAUCCAGGAGAUGACCGUCACCUGGGAGGAGAAACUACGCAAGACGGAAGAGAUCGCACAGGAGCGGCAGAAACAGUUGGAGUCCCUGGGCAUCUCUCUCCAGUCGUCUGGCAUCAGAGUGGGAGAAGACAAAUGUUUUCUAGUCAACCUCAACGCUGACCCCGCUCUCAAUGAACUGCUAGUCUACUACCUGAAGGAGCACACUAAGGUUGGUUCAGCAGACUCCCAGGACAUUCAGCUGUGUGGGAUGGGUAUUCAGGCUGCACACUGCAUCAUAGACAUCACAGCUGACCAACGGGUGGUCCUCACUCCUCACAAAAACUCAAGAACGUGUGUGAAUGGCUCUCCUUGCACCAGCCCUCAGCAGCUCCACCAUGGAGACCGCAUCCUGUGGGGAAACAACCACUUCUUCAGGAUCAACCUGCCUAAGUGGCGGUCGCGGGGUGGUGGUGAGGAAGAGGAGGGUGAGGGGGGCCUGAUGAAGAACAGUAGCAGUAGUGAACAGCUGGAGGGCGACGGAGACACCAACAGUGAGGUUUCCUCCGAGGUCUCCUUCUCCUACGAGUUCGCCCAGACAGAGGUCAUGAUGAAGGCCCUGGGCAACAACGACCCCAUGCAGGCAGUGCUCCAGUCCCUAGAGAGGCAGCACGAGGAGGAGAAGCGCUCGGCGCUGGAGAGACAAAGGCUGAUGUACGAACAGGAGCUGCAACAGCUGAGACGACGGCUGCACCCGGACAGACCGUCUGUAGGACAGACAGGCACGGCACCCAGCCAAUCACAGGGCCAGGCUGACAGGCCGGGACAGCCCCACUACCGCAGCCUGGAGAGACUCAGCAUGUCCAACUCACCCAGCGCACAGAGCAGGCUGAAGCAGUGGAGCGAGGAGAGAGAGGCGGUGUUGACCCGGAGCCUGCGUAAGCUGAGGGAGCAGAUAGUGAGAGCUAACCUGCUGGUGCAGGAAGCUGGCUUCAUAGCAGAGGAGCUGGACAAACGCACCGAGUACAGAGUCACCUUGCAGAUACCUGCUGCUAACCUCAAUGCCAACCGCAAGCGUGAUGCAGUGCUCAGUGAGCCUGCGGUGCAGGUGAGGCGUAAGGGGAAAGGGAAGCAGAUCUGGGCUCUGGAGAAGAUGGAGAACAGACUGGUGGACAUGAGAGAACUGUACCAGGAAUGGAAGGAGUACGACGAUGACAACCCAGUGAUGCGUUCCUACUUUAAGCGUGCCGACCCAUUCUUUGAUGAGCAGGAGAACCACAGCCUAAUCGGCGUAGCCAAUGUCUUCCUGUCCUGUCUGUUCUAUGACGUCAAGCUGCAAUACGCAGUACCCAUCAUCAACCAGAAGGGGGAGGUGGUUGGGAGGUUACACGUGGAGGUGGUGAGAGUGGCGGGGGGGUUUGAGGACAGCAUGGCUGGCGGAGAGGACAAUGAGACCAGCCCCGACGGAGAGGUGCAGGAGAGGAAACUGGUCUGCAUGAUCAAGAUUCUUCAGGCAACAGGUCUCCCCCAGUACCUUUCCAACUUUGUCUUCUGCCAAUACUCGUUCUGGGACCAGGCGGAGCCCGUAAUCGUGGCCCCAGAGGUGGACCCCUCUGCCUCGUCCCCAAGCAGCAAGGACCCUCACUGCAUGGUGGUCUUUGACAGCUGCAAGGAGAUGGGUGUGUCAGUAACAGAGGAGUUUAUAGAGUAUCUGACAGAGGGGGCAGUGGCCAUGGAGGUGUACGGACACAGACAGGCCGCUGCCGGACAGGCUGACUCCGGCAGGAACCCUGCCUUCUGGGACCUCAGCAUUAUACAAGCCAAGACACGCACACUACGGGACAGGUGGAGUGAGGUAACACGUCGUCUGGAGAUGUGGAUCCAGGUGUUGGAGAUCAACGAGAACGGAGACUUCAUGCCUGUGGAGGUCAUACCUGCCAAAGACGUACGCACAGGAGGUAUAUUCCAACUGCGACAGGGCCAGUCCAGACGUCUGCAGGUGGAGGUGAAGUCUGUGCAGGACAGUGGGACGAUGCCGCUGAUAGCGGAGGUGCUGCUGGCCGUGUCUGUGGGCUGUGUGGAGAUCAGACAGACACGGCAGGCCAAGGCCAACAACGAACCCGUACAGAUGGAGGGGGAUGAGAUGGACAGCUAUCAGGAGCGUGAUCUGGAGCGUCUGCGUCGUCAGUGGCUGACAGCUCUCACCAAGAGACAGGAGUACCUGGACCAACACCUUCAGACCCUGGUCAGCAAGCCAGAGAAGACAGAGGAUGACGUGGAGAGGGAGGCCCAGCUGUUGGAAUGGCGCCUGACACUGACCGAGGAGAGGAACGCUGUCAUGGUGCCUUCAGCUGGGAGCGGCAUCCCUGGAGCUCCUGCAGAGUGGGUCCCCCUACCUGGAAUGGAGGCCCAUACCCCUGUUCUUUUCCUGGACCUCAGUGCGGAUGACUUCAGUUCCCAGGAUGCUUUGGAGGUCCCGGAGGCUGGGGGUUGGGACGCCACUCUGAGCGGAGAGGACGAGGAAGAAUUCUUCGACCUGCAGAUCGUCAAGCAUUAUGAUGAAGAGGUAAAAGCUGAGGCAUCGUGGGACUCCACAGUGCACCAGUGUCCCCAGCUGAGCCGCGGGGGAGCGUGCCCGGAGCAGAGGGUUUAUCUGACGGUGCGCUGCGUGGUGCAGCUCAGCCAUCCGGCAGACAUGCAGCUGGUGCUGAGGAAACGGAUCUGUGUCAACCUGAACCCCGGCAGACAGGGCUUCGCUCAGAACCUCUUCAAGAGGAUGUCCACGCGCUCCACCAUCCCCGGCUGUGGGGUCACCUUCGAGGUGGUCUCCAACAUCCCCGGGGAUGCCCAGGGUUCAGAGGACAGGGAGAUGUUGGCUCGUCUAGCCGCCAGCACUGAGAACCCCAAGUCGGCCGACAACGAGGCGGCCAUAGAGAAAUACCUCCGCAGUGUCCUGGCUGUGGAGAACAUCCUCACUCUGGACCGACUACGACAGGAAGUGGCGGUGAAGGAGCACCUGGCAGGCAAAGGGAAGGGUAACAGACGCAGUCUCAGCUCCCCCAGUGUCCACAGGCUCUCUGGCAGCAGACAGGACUUGUCCUCUGACUGCAAUCUGGACGACAACAAGACUCGCUGGGAGAGCCAGCAGGACAUCUUCAUGACCUCGCCCCAGCCUCGCCCCUCCUCCUCUCCCCCUACUACUCCCCCACAGAACCAGAGCCAGGACCCAGAGCAAGGUCGUUCAGGGCUUGCUGCCUCUUAUCUUUCAGUCAAAGCCCUGGUGCCGCAGAUGCCCAAGCUGCUCAAGUCCCUGUUCCCUGCCCGCGAGGACAAGAAGGAGCCCCUACGCCCCUCACCCCACUCUCUACAGCACAUGCCUCGUAUCAUCAUGCAGACGACGGGGCCUGAAGACGGCAGGGUCCGGACAGAAUCUGUUGCUAAGGUAGGGAGGACCGCCUUUAUCCCGGCCUUGACCAAUGACAGGUGGUCAGAGUCCACCGAAGCCCCUCUUCCUGUUCCGUCCUCCCAGCAUGACUAUCCCCUCAGCCCCAUCAGCGAGGCCUCCAGCGGCUACUUCUCCACUAGUGUUUCCACGGCAACCCUGACCGAGGCUUCAGCCAGCGCCGCUGGUGACCACCCUGCCACCCCCCUCCGCCCCUCCUCCUCCCUUACCCUCUUAGAUGCAGGGGUGGGACUAAAGGAGAUUGAUGCUCCUGAAACUACGUUACCCAGAACCCAGCAGCAGCAGCGAGCUGAACGGAACGGUGUUACUGCUGCCUCUCCUCAGUACGACAACAAAAUGGCCACCACAGGUCCCGGCUACAGCGUCACCACAGGCAACAAGCCCUUCUCCGUACAGAGGGUGUCGACGUCGGACCUGAAGUCAUUCCAACAGCGCAUCCUGGGGGAGGAAGUAGAGGCGAGAGGAGGAGGAAGACAAGGGAGUCUAGAGAGACUGGAAAUCGUCCUGGACGACGAGGAUGGCGGCUGCGACUACGUGCUACCUGAUUGGCUGAGAGAGGGGGUGUGCGUGACGGUGGGAGCCAAUAAGGACGGGACAGUGCGCUACGUGGGCAACACUGAGUUCGCCGAGGGCGUGUGGGUCGGGGUGGAGCUUGACUCGCCCUCAGGUAAGAACGACGGUUCCGUAGGCGGGCGCCACUACUUCCGCUGUAACCCUGGUUACGGUGUCCUGGUGCGUCCCGACCGGGUUCUCCAACGGGAGCAUUCCACCAAACGGAACCCGGAGAACCGGCGCAGCGGCGAGUUCUACCAGCCCGUUCUGCGGGGAGAGUCCACUAUCAGGAGAGGGGAGAACCGCAAGUCCUGGAGCAGCUGAACUGGAGAGAAACAGGCUUGUCUGGGAGAGACCAUUAUUCUACACAUCCUAGAGAAGUAGAAAACCCACACGUCCUGUUUCUAAGCCUCCGUCUCGCUUAGCACCCUCUCUCUCAAUCUCCCCCUAACUAUGCAAUACAACUGCAUCUAAUGGAAAACGGUCCCUGUCCUAUACCCACCCAUAGCUAUGGAGCAGUACCUUAGUGCUCUGUGUUAGAUCUGUCUGGGUUCAUUUCGAUAGGGAAGACCUUUACCCAACAAGCCCCUGCUGUCUCCCCAUCUGGACACAGCACUGGUGGCAUGGAUUGGGCACAGGCCCUGAGUGGCUCCACAGCACCUGAAGUAGUCUACAGAGUGUUGCUGUCUGUAUGAAGUGGCCCACAGGAACGGUUUCAGGUUCUGAAGUAAUGACAUCACGCUCUCUGAUGUCAUCAAACUCUGGUCACACUUGGAGAAUCCUUCUGAAAGAAUGAGACUACUAUUCCACCGGACCCUGACCUGCAACGCCCCUCUUUUUUCAAUGGAACUGUCCAUUUAUUUCCCCCCCCCCUAUUUUUGAAUGGAACUGUCCCUUUUAAUUAAAUUAUAUUAUCAGUCCUUUUUGUGGACUGACAUUUGAACAGUUACUGUAUCUAUCCCCUGUGUAAAGUCAUUCAUCUGAAAUGAUCGAUUCUUCCAGAAUGUGCCUUCAUGGGUUUAUUUUUCUUUGUUAUAUUUCUUAGUUUCUCCCUCUGUUGAGCUUUGACGAGAAUGCCUUGUGUAAGGUGAUCUCAGGGACUGCCGAGUGGACAUGGAUGUACCUGUGAGAAGGUGUGUGUGUGUGUGUGUGUGUGUGUGUGUGUGUGUGUGCGCCUGUGUUUUGGCCCUUGAAGCUGAAUUUAACCAUGGCAAUUUACAGUAUAGGCUGGGAGAACAAUUAUCCCUGUGCGUGUGUGUAUGUGCACAUCUGUGUGUGUGCAUGUUUCUGGCUGAUCUGAAAGAUGAAGCACCGUCGUUAUGACGACGUGGUUUGUACGAAAGUAAUAGCCGUUGGUUUUAAAUUGUAAGUUGAAGGAUGGUUCCACUAUGAGAAGCCCAGGGAGCAAAAUUGGUUGAAAUUGCUUUUCUCAAUGUCCUUUUAACAUCAAGUGCUCACUGGGAGAUUUUGCACGUUGGAGGUUAGUUUGGUGACUGACUGUGGUGAUGUGUGUUAGCAGAAUUGUAGUCUUUGGUUCUAGAACUGUUUGAGGAAGUAGCAGUGGGAUGUAUGGUCUGCAUGUAACUUUGUGUUAACAUUGUGGAGCUUUAUGUAACGUGUGGAUGCUGGAUGGAAGGUAGGAUCUGGUAUGUUUUAUGCUGGUCAUUGAUUUGUGUUUGGGGGAAUAAAGAUCUCUGCAUACAUUCACCAUUUGUGUGAAGAUACAGAUCUGUAAUAGGGUCUAUCAUUUACAUACUGAGUCAAUGGCUUUGGGAGAUGAAAGAAGGUUGUGGGAGCAGUGUUUUACAAGUUAUUUCCUUUGAAACUAUGGAAUAUUAUUUCAAAUGUUAAUUGAUCCCUGAAGUUCUUACAAAAUGUAGUGAAUCUCAUUUUUAUUAGACAUUUGAAGUUAAUAUUUAAAGGGGCAAUCUGCAGUUCAAACAACAACAAAGUGGGGUCCCCGCCACAGUUUUGGUAAAUAGGAAUGGGACUGGAGAAAUGGAACCAGCUCUCAAAUUAAUCAGUGGGUGUAUAUCAUUCAUUUAAACAUCCAAAAAUAGAUGUAACAACUGCAGUUUGCCUCUUUUUGAAAUUCCAUUGAAUAGAAAUGUAAACGGUGUUUUCUCACCUCGUGAGUGGAGGUACAAACUGUAAGGAGAUGCAGAAUGGGUUUUAACAUUAGUCCAUCCAGCAGUCACAUGAAGGAGCUAAACCCCUUCACCCCAACGCUAUGACAUUUCUUUUGACUCUUUAUCAUCUGAUUUAAGAGAAGCCUAAAUUUGCAAUGUUAUAUAUUAUAUACAGUAUAUCACAAGUGAGUACACCCCUCACAUGUUUUGUAAAUAUUACUUUUCAUGUGACAACACUGAAGAAAUGAUACUUUGCUACAAUGUAAAGUAGUGAGUGUACAGCUUGUAUAACAGUGUAAAUUUGCUGUCCCUUCAAAAUAACUCAACACACAGCCAUUAAUGUCUAAACCGCUGGCAACAAAAGUGAGUACACCCCUAAGUGAAAAUGUCCAAAUUGGGCCCAAGUAUAUCAUUUUGUGAUAUACUGUAUAUAAAUGGUUGUACAUAUGCCUUUAUCGUGUGAAAUAGUUAAAGCCUUCUAAAUUGUACUGAAAAAAAUUGUUGCUUGCACAAGUGAUUUUAUGAGAAAUGGUGCUGCUAUAGCCACUGUUAUAUAACUGUAAAUGGAUUCGAUCAUGGACAUUCUAGUCUUGCUUUUUAGCCUUGAGAUGGGAGAAAGUAAGGAGGAGUUGUCUAUGGGCUGAUGACUGGCCAAUUGAUAGAGGAAUGGAACGUAGCAAGUGCUUAUUUAUUGUCAUGUACUGUCCCCAAGUUGGACACUUUACAUUGCUCUUUCUGUAGCUAGCGUUUUUAAAGUUUGUCGUGGUGUUUAUUGAGUGAUCAUACUUGUGGUAAUAGGAGAGGAACUGAGUAUGUGUCUGAACGCGCAGUGUUGUAAUGAAGAGAGAGCAGGUGGUGUAUCGGAUGGAUUUGGCCUUCGUCUUCUCACCUCUCUGCACAGAGAAGAGUGUUUUGAGAUCACUUUUGGCUUAUCUAUUUAUUUCCGUGCCUCACUCUGUUUCUGUCUCUCACAUCAGGAAGUAGCUCUGAUUCAAACAACUUUCAUUAUGAAGUCACUUUUCUGGGUUAUUUCACAUUACCGAUGGAGUCUUCGCUUCUGACUCAAAAUAGGUGCAGUGAGGCUGGGAUUCAAUCUGUUCACACUGUUGGCUAUGCUCCUUUUAAAGGCAAUGUUUCCUCAUUUCUGUCAAUAUUAUUUUGUCAUUUAGCAGACACUCUUAUCCAGUGCGACUUACAGUCGCAUACAUUUUUGUACUGAAAAGCAGGUACACAUGUACCUGAAUGCUGUGUAACGGGAGGAAGUCAUACAUGCAUCCUCUGGUUUUCAUUUCAAUAGGCGUCAUCAUGGACUUUAUAUUUGACCAUAUAUGGUUGUGACUGUUUGCGCUCAGAACCACAUCAGGGGUGUAUUCGCUAGGAACCAGAAGCAAAUGAAACGGGACCUACCUGAAUUGGUCCAAUAAACUCGUGUGGAGUAAAUGGAAAACCACUUUUGCUACGGUCUGCAACUAAUGAAUACACCCCUGACCCUUAGACUGUCUAUACAGUUACCCUUUCAUCAUUCCACAGAAGGCAUGUUUUAAAAUAUAUAUUUGUGUUGUUGUCAAGUGCUACUAUGAGCAUAUAUUUUUAAAGGCCCAAGGACACAGAUGCAACAAACCGUUAUGGAGGAAAUAAUAUUUCAAGAGUAUACAUUUGUUUACAUGCAUUUCCUGUAUAUCUUUGGCAACCCUGGUCCAGAGCUCAGAGCAAUAUGACACCUGCCUUUAUGUGGCCUUCAGUCUACCAGUCUGUCCCCCUGAGGCUUUUAGUUAUUAAACCCAGUCUGGCAAUGCGAGACUCAAUAACUGCAAGCCCUUAAACUCCCUCCAUAGAGAGACCUGUAUAUUAUAAGACUUUAUUCACACUACAUCAGACCCACUGCCACAUGGGACCAUGGGAGUUCACGUUAGUAGAGGAAACUAACACAGAUAUCAACUAGAGCAGAGAAUCUUUAUCCCCAACACAGACGUCAACUAGAGCAGAGAAUCUUUACGCCCAACUCAAGGAGCCACGUUCCAUUUCUGUCCAAUACUAAAGGGGUUUGAGCUGGAGGAAGGGAUAGAAAUGGAAUUGGGCCCGAUCUUCAGACCAUUUGUACACCGGUUUUUGUCAUUAAAUGGCACCCUACUCCCCAUAUAGUGCACAGAGAAUAGGGUUCCAAUUUGGACACAACGACUCACUUGAGACCUACUCUGGUUUGUGCCUCGUCCUGGAGUCUUGAGUUAUUAUUAUAAUCAAUUAUUUGUCUGAUUGUGUUGUCAUGAAGUGUAUUUGAGUAUUUCUGUGAGCGAAUGCGUGUAGGCUUGAUUAUGUAUAUAUUUGCAUAUUAAGACUUAACAAUCUGAGCGCAAGUUUGGGUUUUGAUUUAAUUUAAUUGUUCUGUGUAAUUCUAUGCUGAAAUCCAAAGAAUAAUCAUGUAUUUUUUAUCGCCUGGACAAUAAUCUCCCUGUAAAGGAAAGAAUAAAAAAAUGAAUUGAUUUAAA